GUCCUGAUACCACUUGAAUCUUCAGUUGGUCAUUUCACCAAACAACGAGCACAAAAUUCCCCUGUGAUUCAUAAAUAGAUACCUCAAAUAUUCUCUAUCAUGAAAGCUAUCGUAAUUCUGUGUUUCCUCAUUGGCUCUGUGAUAGCCCAGAAUUCGGGAAAAUACGAUCACGUGGAUGUUGAUGGAAUUCUCCGGAACAAUAGAGUUCUCACUAAUUACAUCAAGUGCAUGCUAGGGCAGGGCCCCUGCACGUCUGAGGGACGAGAGCUCAAAAAGGUACUUCCGGAGGCCCUGAGGACAGAUUGCGCCAAGUGCGACGAGAGGCAAAAAGCAACAGCAGAGAAAGUUAUCAAUCACCUGAGGAACAACAGACUGGCCGACUGGAAUCGUCUCGUCGCAAAAUACGAUCCAACGGGAGAGUACAAAAAACGUUUUGAAUCUCUAGAAACUAGAAAGCAAUAAAUUAAAAAUGUACAACCCCAACAAAUGAUAUUGCUGAGACAUCGAUUUAUUGAUCACUUAGUUUUAAAAUCUUAUGCAUGUAAGUCCUCAGUGAUUGGGCAGUAAUUAUAAAAUCCGUGGAAAUCCAAAAAGAUAAAUUUGUACUUGAAAUUAUUCUACUCGUCUUUUCUUCACUAGAGAUCCGAGCUGAAAGAAAUACAAUUUUUUCAUUAUUAUUAUUAAGAGUGAGAUGGUACAAAUAUCAUGCAAAAGGCUGUUACCGAUUAUAUAGCAGAGUAAAUGAAGAAAUAAAAUACAGAAACAACAACAAA